UUCUGUGUAAGCCUCCCCAAGAUGAAGCUGCCAGGCCAGGAGGAAUUUGAAACCUCCAGUGCUGGUGAAAAUGUUCCUGCAGGAGAGCUGGACAAUGUCCUUGGCCCUGGUCCUGAUGUCCCCUUAGACACAGACAGCAGGGACAUGGUAGUACCCAACAACCCUAUGCUCUUCAUUCAGCUGAAUGAACUAGUGGGCUGGCCCCAGGCACUUGAGUGGAGAGAGACAGGAAGGUGGGUGCUGUUCGAAGAGAAGCUGGAGGUGGGUGCUGGCCGGUGGAGUGCUCCCCAUGUACCUACCCUGGCACUUGCCAGCCUUCAGAAACUCCGGAGCCUGCUGGCAGAAGGCCUUAUAUUGUUGGAUUGUCCGGCUCAGAGUCUCCUGGAACUUGUGGAGCAGGUGAUAAGGGUGGAGUCACUGAGUCCAGAGCUGAAAGAGCAACUUCAGGCCUUGCUGCUGCAGAGACCUCAACACAACAUCCAGAUGAGAGGCACCAAGCUCUGCUGGGACUCCUGUUUUGUAGAAUCCACUGAUAUAAGAAAGGAUUCUCAUGAUGAGGAUGCCCCCCUGAAGGAACAGCAUCGUAACCCCCUGAGACAAAAGCUGCCUCCAGGGGCAGAGGCAGCAGUGGUGCUGGCAGGAGAGCUGGGCUUCCUGGCACGGCCACUGGGGGCCUUCAUUCGAUUGCAGAAUCCUGUGGUGCUGGGGCCACUUACUGAGGUGCCCAUCCCCAGCAGGUUUUUCUGCCUCCUCCUGGGCCCCCCCAUGCCUGGAAGGGCCUACCAUGAAAUGGGUAGAGCAAUGGCUGUCCUCCUCAGUGACCUGCAAUUCCAGGGGUCAGUUCGUCAGGCCAGCAACCUUCAGGACCUUUUGGCGGCCCUAGAUGCCUUCCUACAGAAGGUGACAGUGCUCCCCCCAGGUCGGUGGGACCCGACAGCCCGAAUUCCCCCGCCUAAAUGCCUGCCCUUUCAGCACAAAAGGCUCUCCUCGCAAGUGUGGGAGGUCAGGGGCAUCUCUGGGCUGCGUGGAGCCCCAGCAGAGGACAGGCACCACCAUCGUGGGCCACAUAUGCCCAACCCAGAGUUGCAGCGGACUGGCUGGCUGUUUGGGGGUCUUGUCCAGGACGUGCGUCGGAAAGCCUUGUGGUACUCCAGCGACUUCUUGGACGCCCUGCAUCCCCAGUGUCUCUCAGCUGUGCUCUACAUUUACCUGGCCACCAUCACAAAUGCCAUCACUUUCGGGGGUCUCUUGGGAGAUGCCACUGAAGGUGCCCAGGGAGUGCUGGAAAGUUUCCUGGGCACUGCAGUUACGGGGGCUGCCUUCUGCCUGAUGGCAGGUCAGCCCCUUACCAUCCUCAGCAGCACCGGGCCAGUGCUGGUCUUUGAGCGCCUGCUCUUCACUUUCUGCAGAGAUUACCACCUGGACUACUUACCCUUCCGCCUGUGGGUAGGCAUCUGGGUAGCCACAUUUUGCCUGGUGCUGGUGGCCACAGAGGCCAGCGUGCUGGUACGUUACUUCACCCGCUUUACAGAGGAAGGAUUCUGUGCACUCAUCAGCCUCAUCUUUAUCUACGAUGCCCUCGGAAAAAUGCUGAGCUUGGCCCGUGCCUAUCCCAUCCAAAGGCCAGGGUCCCCUGCCUAUGGCUGCUUCUGUCAAUAUCCAGGCCCAGGAGAAAAUGUGUCUCAGUGGACAAGGACAAAGCCAAAUGACAGAGAUGACAUCUUAAGCAUGGAUUUAGGCUUGGUCAAUGCAUCCUUGUUACCUCCUCCUGAGUGCACCCAGAAAGGAGGCUACCCUCGUGGUCCUGGAUGCCAUACAGUGCCAGACAUCGCCCUCUUCUCUCUUCUCCUCUUCCUUACCUCCUUCUUCUUUGCUACGGCUCUCAAGCAUGUAAAGAACAGCCGCCUCUUCCCCUCCAUGGUGCGCAAAGUGUUCAGCGACUUUUCCUCAGUCCUGGCUAUCCUGCUGGGCUGUGUCCUUGAUGCUUUUCUGGGCCUAGCCACCCCGAAGCUCCUGGUACCCACAGAAUUCAAGCCUACACUCCCUGGGCGUAGCUGGCUGGUGUCACCUUUUGGAGCUAACUCUUGGUGGUUGAGUGUGGCAGCUGCCCUGCCUGCCCUGCUUCUGUCUAUUCUCAUCUUCAUGGACCAGCAGAUCACAGCAGUCAUCCUCAACCGCACUGAAUAUAAACUGCAGAAGGGAGCUGGCUUCCACCUGGACUUGUUCUGUGUGGCUGUGUUGAUCCUGCUCACAUCGGUGCUUGGGCUGCCCUGGUAUGUCUCAGCCACUGUCAUCUCCCUAGCCCACAUGGACAGUCUCCGGAGAGAAAGCAGAGCCUAUGCUCCUGGGGAGGCCCCCAGCUUUCUGGGCAUCAGGGAGCAGAGGCUGACUGGCCUAAUGGUGUUCAUCCUUACUGGUACCUCCAUCUUCCUGGCACCUGUACUCAAGGCAUGCACAAUGUACCAGGAAAUGAAAGCCUGGACAAGCUCAGAUGUUAGCACUAAAGUGGGACAUCUGGACAGCUGGAAGUUCAUGAAGAGAGUGAAGCUGUUGUUGAUGCCUGCAAAACAUCAGCCAGACUUGCUGUUCUUACGGCAUGUGCCUCUGAGCAGAGUCCACCUUUUCACAGCCAUUCAGCUUGCCUGCCUAGGUCUGCUUUGGAUAAUCAAGUCUACCCCUGCAGCCAUCAUCUUCCCCAUCAUGUUGCUGGGCUUGGUAGGGGUUCGAAAGGCACUCGAGUGGGUCUUCUCGCCACAGGAACUUCUCUGGCUGGAUGAGCUCAUGCCAGAGGAGGAAAGGAGCAUCCCUGAGAAGGGGCUGGAGCCAGAUCACUCAUUUAAUGGAAGUGACAGUGAAGAUUCACAGCUGAUGUAUCAGCCAAAAGCUCCAGAAAUCAACAUCUCUGUGAAUUAGCUGGAGUAGGAGAUGGAAGUAGAGACCUCUGGAAACUAAACAUGAGGUAUUUUAUUUAGGAAGUCAGAACAUUAUUGGGAGAUACUGUCGACUGGGGACCUGGAACAAUGGGACAAGCCUGAAAAAUAGCUGGUCAAGAUUUCAGUUACUUCCUGAGUCAUGGUGGAAAGUGACAGGGAGAAGUUUUGUUAGUGCUUAAGAAAGGCAGAUCUGAUCAGUCCCCAUUCACUUAUUCUCUUAACGCUAAAGGGACCUGAAACCCAAAACCCUUUACAUUUUUACCUCAUUAAUUCUCCUAUAUGGAAUCUAAUGAUUAUCUUUUCUACUCCUAGAGGGAAAAAGAAAUGUUCCUCUGUUUGAAACAAGUUUUUACAAACAUAAAAAAAUCUUUAUUGUUGUCUUGUUGAUCACAAAAAUCAAAGAGAUUACUGGAAAAGACUGAAACAUAGACGUAUAAUUUUGAAAUGAAAUUAUACUGGAAAUCAUCACUGUUCAUAUUUUGGUCUAUAUAGGUCAGAUUUAGUUCAAUGAACACUUUCAUAUUUUUAUUAAAGGGGAAUUAUGCUGUGGAGUGUAUUUUAUUUUAUUUUCCUUUGU